AUGUCAUCCAGAAAUGCCUUGGAAAUGGCAGACAAGCAACAUGUUGUCGAGGAACAGCAGUUGCAGAUUCUGAUUCGAGAACGCGAAGUAGAACUGGAAAGGUUACACGCUGAAUUACAAUGCAUUCAAAGGCAAGAAUCUGCCCUGAAAGAGUAUUUGCAGAAAUUUUUAUCGUCAUAA